AAAAAGUGAAGUCAACCGCAUGUAAACAAUUAGGAAUUAUUACGCGAAAUAAAAAGCGAAUAAGAUUUUAUCAUACAGUCACACAUUCAUUAUUCAAGAUGUUGCGAACAAUUUUCGAGCAUGGAUUAAUAGCAGCUGGGUUUCUCAAAUCGGCUAAACCCCAUCGAUUAGUGUACCAGACAAAACUUAAACCGGCAUGGACACAGAUGCACAAACAUUACGCAAAUUUGCCGAAUAGUGAUUCGCUUGUGGAUCAAUCCGCCGAAAAAGGAAACCAAGAAUCCGACGUUUCGUUCACUCCAUCAGAGACCGAUAUCGAUAAAAAGCGAAAAAUAUUGGAGCUGGAAAUGGAAGUGAUGCGACAGGAGGGACGCAAAGUUCCUACACCGGCCAAAAUCAAGGAACAGUACUGGCAGCAUCUGUUAGGAUUGGGAUCCAGAAACCAGAGGCGGAACUACUACCUGUACCUCUGGAACAUUGAGAUGAGCAAAGAAAAUCAAAGGAUCAAAAAAGAACAACGCAAGGUGGAAGUGGCAAAGAGAAGGGAAGAGCUGGACAAAGCUAAUGCCGAUAACGAUCAUAUUAUCUACGGAUUGUUUCACAAUACCAUGUUUCUUAGAAUUUAUGAUACAGCGAUAGACCAUUUCCAUAACAAUAAGUUGAUCCAGGCAAUGCGUUUUGGUCAAAAUCUGGUGUUCGACUGUUCGUACGACGAAUACAUGAACGAAAAAGAGAUGAAAAACACGGCCAAACAACUGAUGCUGUGUUUCGCUAUCAACAGAAUGCAUAACGAGCCUUUUAACAUUCACCAUUGCAAUGUAAACUUCAACAAGACUACCAUGAAGGCGCUUCAAAAGCAUCUGGUCCAAAUCCAUGAACCCCAUUUUCCCAUUAACGUUAGCGAGAAAAGUUACCUGGACCUGUUCCCGAAGGAACGGCUGGUCUAUCUGACACCACACUGCAAGAAUGACUUAGAAUGCUUCGACCCGGACGAUGUGUAUAUAGUAGGUGCCAUGGUAGACAAAACCUCACAGGAAGCUAUUUCGCUCGGAAAGGCCAAAAAACAGGGACUGCGGAUGGCUAGGCUUCCGUUGGAUCAGUACUUCCAGUUUAAAAGUGGUAAAUCGCUGACCAUCGAUCAGAUGUUGCAAAUUUUGCUGGAACUCAAAAGUUCCAACAAUUUCGAGAAAGCGUUGGAAUAUGUGCCCAAGAGAAAGGUUAUCUCAUUAGAUGAGGCUCGAGCACAACAGCAGCAGCGAACGAUCGAGCGAAAACAAAUGGAGAAGUUCAAGUUUAGCGUAAGGACAUUUUCGGACCGCAAGUACAAUAAACGAUAACCAGCCGUGCUAGGAUAUGUUGGAAUUAGUAGCUCGUAUCAUUGUUUGAUAAUAAAUUAUCGAUAAAAAUUA